CGAAUUGCAAAUUGUACUCUUCGCAGUGUGUGUGUGUGUGUGUGUGAGAGAGAGAGAGAGAGAGAGAGAGAGAGAGGGAGAGAUGGAGAGGCGCAGCAGCAUAAGCGACGUGGGAGUGGAGGAGAUGGUGAAGGCUGGAUUGACUGUGGAGGAGGCCAAAGAGUUUCAGAGAGCUCUCAAAGACGCAAUUGCUUCUGCCGGCGGCGGCAGCGGAGGAGAUGGGCGGCCGGAGAACAGGGAACUGUGGCGGGAGGUCACCGCUCGAUGGUUGCUGCAGCCGUCGCAUCCCCACGCGCUGCACCAGCUCCUCUACUACUCGGUCUACUCUGACCACGAUGAGUCGGCUCAUGGUCCACCUCCCUACUGGUUCCCUUCGCCAUAUGAUUCUAAACGCACAAACUUGGGCCGCCUAAUGGAGACUCAUGGUCCAAAGCUUUUAGGGGAUUCAUACAAGGAUCCCAUAUCAAGUUUUAAUCUAUUUCAGAAGUUCACUGUUCAGCACCCUGAGGUUUAUUGGUCAAUAUUACUAAAGGAGCUUUCAAUUAAAUUUUGCAAAGCCCCAAAAUGUAUUCUGGAUACUUCUGUGACAUCAAAUCAUGGUGGAACAUGGCUUCCUGGUUCAGUUCUGAAUAUUGCCGAGUGUUGUUUGCAUUCAUCUAGCUAUCCAAGAAAGCAGGAUGAUAGUUUAGCCAUUGUAUGGAGGGAUGAUUGGUGUGAUGAUUCCCCUGUUAAUCAGAUGACGUUGAAGGAGCUCCGAGAAAAAGUAAUGUCAGUGGCAAAUGCUCUGGAUGCUGUAUUCUCAAAGGGAGAUGCAAUUGCAAUCGAUAUGCCAAUGACAGUCUCUGCAGUUAUUAUAUACUUGGGCAUAGUACUAGCAGGAUUUGUUGUUGUCUCAAUAGCUGACAGUUUUGCAGCAAAGGAAAUUGCAACUCGUUUGCGCGUGUCUGGAGCAAAGGCAAUCUUUACACAGGAUUAUAUAUUACGAGGAGGUCGGAAAUUUCCUUUAUACAGUCGAGUAGUAGAAGCUGCUCCAUAUAAAGCUAUUGUAAUACCUGCCUCUGGAAGGGAGUUGGAGAUUCAAUUAAGAAAACAGGAUUUAUCAUGGAAAGAGUUCAUAUCUGUUGCUAAUCACCAAACUAGACCAGAUCACUAUUCCCCAGUCUAUCUACCAAUAGACUCUAUUACUAACAUACUUUUCUCAUCUGGAACCACAGGCGAUCCAAAAGCUAUACCUUGGACCCAACUUUCUCCCAUUCGAUCUGCUGCUGAUUGCUGGGCACACUAUGAUGUUAGAGCUGGGGAUGUUUUAUGCUGGCCUACAAAUUUAGGAUGGGUGAUGGGGCCAUCUAUAAUGUAUUCAUGCUUUCUAACCGGUGCUACUCUAGCUCUCUAUCAUGGAUCGCCUCUUGGCCAUGGUUUUGGAAAAUUUGUUCAGGAUGCAGGCGUGACUGUUUUGGGCACAAUCCCAAGCUUAGUAAAGGUUUGGAAGAGUACACAUUGUAUGGAUUCCCUAGAUUGGACAAAUAUAAGGUUAUUUGGUACUACUGGAGAAGCCUCUAAUGUUGAUGAUGACCUUUGGCUCUCUUCAAGGGCUUACUACAAACCCAUCAUUGAAUGUUGUGGAGGCACUGAGCUUGCAUCAUCCUACAUCGUAGGAAGUCUUCUGCAGCCACAAGCUUUUGGAGCAUUAAGCACUCCAUCAAUGACAACAGGCUUCGCCAUCCUCAACGAAGAUGGAGUUCCAUAUCUGAACGAUCAAGCUUGUGUUGGUGAAGUGGCUUUGUUUCCCCUCAUUAUGGGAGCUUCUGAUAGAUUGCUCAACGCUAAUCAUGAAGCUAUAUACUUUGAUGGAAUGCCCAUACACAAAGGAAUGCAACUAAGGAGACAUGGAGAUAUCAUUAAACGAACUGUUGGAGGCUACUAUUCUGUGCAAGGCCGGGCUGAUGACACCAUGAAUCUUGGUGGCAUAAAGACAAGCUCAAUUGAAAUUGAACGUGUGUGUGACCGAGCCGAUGGAAGUGUCAUGGAAACUGCUGCUGUUAGUGCUGCGCCAAUAAGGGGUGGUCCAGAACAGUUGGCCAUAUUCGUGGUACUAAGGAAAGGAUUUAACGCUGAACCAGAAAAACUAAAGACGAUAUUCUCAAGAACGAUCCAACGCAACCUUAACCCAUUGUUCAAGGUGAGCGUCGUUAAGAUCUUGCCAGAAUUUCCUCGAACAGCUUCCAAUAAAUUACUGAGAAGAGUUCUUAGAGACCAGCUGAAGCAGGAGCUUCAGAUCCGGAGUAAGAUUUAACCCCUACGGGUUUGGGUAUCAUUUGGUGCCUGAGAUAAGGAUCCAUGACAAGUGCUACGUCGUUAAGUUCUUUGAUUUGACGCUUGGUGGCAGUAAAAAGGCAUAAUUAGUGCACGACACUCCUGUUUUUCAAUGGUCUGAUUGCUCUCAUUGAAUGUAAGAGUAAAAUGUAUUCAACUUCACUCUUAGACACAUGUCUAUUGUUGUCAUAAAAAGAUAUGUAUUAGUAA